AUGAGUCUCCGCGGCGGAUAUCCCCCCAAAAAGAUAAAGAAACAGAUCCCCAUGGAGAUUCCCUCACUGCACGGAAGCCUUCUUGGACAGCGACCUCACUACCCAGCCGGUAGCAGCGUCGCCUUCCUGGUAGGCACCCGGCGGAUGGGUUCCUGGUGGACCGUCCCGUGCAGUCCGAUGACUGCGUGGCCGCGCUCAUCCAGACGGAGAUGGAGCACAUGCCCGUGGACGGGUACCCCCAGAUGCUGCGGCGGCUCGGGGCCUUGUAUUUGGCCGCCAUCACGAGGGACACCAUAG